CAUAUGCAGAGAUCGCGCUCAACAGCUUCACCGUAUCAGGGGUUUUCAAUUUUCGCAUCUCCUUAAAUGACCCCAAAACCUGAUCAGUCAUUCCCUACUUGAGGUCUACUCAAAAUCGUAGUGUAGAAACUGAACUUUGGUCAUCGGUAGAUUGUGUUAGCGGUGACGAUGCAUCACAUGAUCCUUGGACAAUUGCGAGGAGCUGCACAGAAGCUUCUAUGGCAACCCCAGACGCUUUUAACCACGACUAGGAAUUACAUUUCUGUAAUGCGAAAGGAAGCAUUUGAGGGAAACCUAACUAGAUUACUCCGGAAUGAGAUCCAAUACGAAAUUGACAGGUCCCCUCCCUCCAAGCCUGUCUCUAAAUAUGGAUCAUUUAUGAUUGAUGAACGGCCGGGAGAGCAAUGGACUAGACUUGAAAGGAAAUUUGGAGAGAAUGAAGAGAUCAAAAUUGAUGUAACCAUGUUUGAUGGAUUUGUUCCAGUGAUCAAAGGAGGCGAUGCUUCAAAAGAACAUGAAGUGUAUCUUCAUGCUACAAUGGUUAUUGAUAUCUUUAAGGGAGAAGGCAAUGGUGUGCUAGAGUUUGUUUGCUUUGCAUGGCCUAACAGCGUUGAGAUCCGUAAAGUUAUAAUGCACGGGCAUGGUCCAGCUGCAUCUCCGAUUUACACCGGCCCCCACUUUAAGGAACUAGAUGAUAAGCUGCAAGAUGAACUCUAUAAUUUUCUAGAGACAAGGGGAAUCAAUGAUGAUAUGGGUGAGUUCUUACAUCAGUACAUAAGGAACAAAGCCAAAAUUGAGUACAUCCGUUGGAUGGGAAAGGCAAAAUCUUUCAUAGAAAUGAAAUAGGGAAGGUAAAUAUUUGCAUUCCCAUAUGCUUAUUUUUGAUAGUGAAAACCGUACACAUUCGAUCUUCUAAAAUCAUGUACGGAGUAGAAACAAAGCCGAUGAAAGCAAUGUCCCCAAAUUUUCUUCGUAUGCUGAGAAUCAAUCAUAGCUUUUCCGAAAUUUGUUGAGGACUUCUGAACCCCUGAAUUGAUCAACUAUUUAGUUGUCUUAG